AUGUAUGCCUCUCAACAGCCUGCCACCUACGCCUACCCACCUGGCGUGACGCUGGGCCCCUCAGGCUCUCCUGUCCAACAAGCUUUCGGCCCAGCCCCUGUCAAUCUGGGCUCCAACAAUCCCUUCCGGAAUCGUGCUCUGUCGCCUUCCGCCAGCUCUUUCGCAUCCGCCAGUGGUCAAUCUGAACGCCGAGUCUCUACGAAUCCCUUUGACGACGACACUCUGUCGCCGCAGUCCGCCCCCGUGAUAGGGUCAACCAUGGUCUCCCCGGUCGAGAGACAGGACAUGACGUCGAACACACGUGAACUCUUUGAGAACCUUUCCGUAAACCCUGCUCCCCAGAACACUGGUUACAGACAAGCUCCGCCGCGCCCGGACAAGCCCGCGCCCAACGGAUACCCGACGAACCGUGGACUUCCGCCCAGGGAACGCCCAGAACGUCGCGACAAAGAUCCCUUGGACAUCUUUGCCGACCCCCCGAAGACGAGCAGUGGCGGAAGAUCGGGCUACAGAGAGCGGAGGCCUCGUCGCAACUCAGAGUCGUCGAUCAUGGAACGAACCCCCAAGCUUGUGGAUACCGAGGACGAGAGACGCCGUCGUGAGCGACGACGCCGGGAGCGGGAGGCUCGCCAUAGAGAUGGAAAGGACGGCAAGGAGUCGAAGGAUGGAAAGCCUCGUUCAUCCAAAAAGUCCAACUACCACAUGGACAUUAUCGAUAAACUGGACGUGACCAGUAUCUAUGGCACUGGAAUGUUCCAUCACGAUGGGCCGUUCGAUGCCUGCAAUCCUAACCGUAACCGCAAGGGCUUGCGCACUGCACCCAUGCAGGCAUUCCCCAAGGACUCUGCCAAUAUGGCCCUUGGAGGUGCAGGGCCAAACAAUGCCAACAUUGAUCUGAACCUGUUCCACGGAACCAUGGACGAAGGCUACAAUGACUAUUCUACCAGCGCCGCCGUUGACCCUCGUAACAACAAGAGCGACACUGCGAACUUUGAUCCCACCACUCGCAUCGAACCUGUUCAUGGAGCGGAGAGCAUGGGUCUGGGAACUAGCACAUUUCUGGAUGGUGCCCCCGCUAGCCGGGCAGACAUUCAGCGCCGUGGAAGCGGGAACGAGAACGGUGGAGCUGGUCCCAGCGGAGGAGGCUUGCAGCGCAAGAAGAGUUUGGCCCAAAGACUCCGGGGCAUGAACAAGCCCUCAAAUCCCCGAGUGGUCUCUCCCGAGUCCUCCUACACCCCAGGUGUGCCGACUGGUUCUAGUCACAUAGGAACCAUUCGCGCCAAUGAGAAGAACCCCUUCUUCCAGGAUUAUGACGAUGCUUGGGACAAGAAGGGGGCCCAAAUCAACAUGUCCGAGGAAUCACGUGGCACCACAGGUACACGAGCCCGUUCUUCCAGCAGCCCCAAGCAGAAUACCGGUUUGGAGCGGAGGUUCACCAACGAACGUUCCAACACCGGCUUCGAUGAGGGCAAGCCCAGCGGUGGCGGCGGCGGGUUCAUCAACCGCAUGAAGAGUUUGAGAAAGCCCCGGCCUGAGCGGCGCAUCAGCAACGACUGA